GCUCCUCAGGUACUGCAGCACCAGAUGGCUGAGUCUGCUAACCUGCAUCCAGAGAGUGUUGAACCAGUGGGAUGCACUGCAGGCCUACUUUAACAGUCAUGAGGAGGUGGAGAGGAGUGCCAAAGUGCGCGAUCUAGCAAGCCAUCUGCGUGAUCCAAUCGUGAAGGCUUACUUCAUGUUCCUGAGUGCUGCCCUUAAGCCUUUAUAUGAAUUUAAUAUUGUCUUCCAGUCAGAGGCCGUGCCGAUUCACAGACUUGAAGAGGAGAUGUGCAGGCUGAUCAAGAGGAUCCUGGGGUUCCUCAUACCAGCCAGGGCCAUCAUGGGUGUACCUCUCAAGGAAGUGGAGUAUGGAGAAGGACAUCAGUUGGCUGAUGAAGAGCUCUUUAUAGGAGCAGAAACAAAGGCAUUCAUGGCAAGGAAAGAGCUCCCUGUGUCAGCGGAGAAGAAAAUCUUUCAAUCUGUGAGAAGAUUCUAUGAAGCAGUGCUUCAGAAGAUGUUCUCCUCCUUUCCUCUUGACCAUCCACUCCUGAAGGACAUGAAAGUGCUGGACCCUGCUGCUCGCCUUGACAUUACUCCAGGGACAGUGGCAAGGCUAGGGGCCCUUUUCCCUCAGUUGAGCUUGAGUGAGGAUAGGCUGAGAGAGGAACUCAUUGACUACCAGGUGACAGAUAGCAAGCAUCUCCCACAAGAAGACAAAACUGACAGAUUCUGGGGACUGGUAGGGAAAGAUGUGAGGUUCAGUGAGCUGCCAAGAUUAAUGAAGGCUUUACUAUGCAUUCUCCACAGCACUGCCAGUUCUGAAAGAGUGUUCAGUAUGGUAAGAAAGAUUGUUACAGAGAAUAGGAUGUCAUUAGACAACAGCACGGUUUGUGCUUUACUGUCAUGUAAAAUCAACCACUCUGGCCCAGGCCACAAAUACACUCCAUCCAAACGAGUCUUAAAGGAUGCAAAGGCUGCAACAAAUCUGUAUAAUAAGUCUUUAGUGAAUGCCAGAGAGCCACCUGAGUGAACAUGAGAAAUUUAAAUAAAAUGUGUAAUGAAGACAAAAUGUAAAUGUUUAACCUAAAGACAAGCAAUGUAUAUAUAAACUGAAAAUGUGUUAAAUAAAUAAAUGUGCUUGAACCCC